AUUCCUUCUUUGUUUUACAGUGCUUGUAGCGAUCACGGGCUGCGCUUCCCAAACCAUUCAGAUUACACCAAACGAAGAAGAGCCGGUAAGAGAAGAACGAUCGAAAUACGGUGUGACGUGCCACGGUCCAAACCUCAACGAAUUUCAAUGGCGUGGUCCCGCGGGUAUAAUAUCGCAGAGCCCGCAAUUCAGGGUGCAUUCGCAGAAGUUGGCGAUGCAGCGCAACCAGACCGGACUUCUGUUGGUGUUCGAGACGGUCAAACAGGAGGACGUGGGCGGCUACUUUUGCACUGCAACUGGCAUGGACGGACGUGGCCAUUCCAUUAGCAUCACGCUGACCGUGACCAAAAUAUUGGAAUUCGACACGCCUGCCGAACAGAUCACCAACGAGUACACAGACUACUUCAUCAAGUGUAAGGUGAAGGGCAACACAAACCCCACUUUUAUGUGGUCUUACAAUGGUCAGACAUUAAAAGAAAAAACGACAAGCGGAAAGUAUUCGGUGCUCGAAGGCGGGCUGAUGGUGCGGAACGUGACACACCUGGAUUCGGGUAAAUACACUUGCAGAGCUUUCGAGACCACUAACAAGUCCAGUGUUUCCGGAAGUACUGUAAUCGAAUUAAAAGUCAGACACAAACCGGUGUUUUUGAGCCACAUGGAAGGUGAUCCCGUUGACCUGUACGUAUUCCAGUCGGACUCGGUUAAUUUAACGUGUCAGAAUUCAGCUGAACCAGAGGCAAACAUGUCAUGGAGUUUCAACGGAAAACCCUUCAUCAACCCAUCCGACCACUACAUCGUGACGUUCAACAGACCGGAAAAGUUGGGAUCGUACUCGUGCACGGCCGCGAAUAAUUUGGGCAAAAUCACCAGACGGUUCAACCUGAUCGAAGGGUUCAAGCCGAAAACGCCCAGCGGUCUGUCGGUGGCGCGUGUCGGCGACAACUACAUCGAACUGCAAGUGGUGCCCAACGACAAAGGGGACGAGUUGAUUGGCUACAGAGUCGAGUACGUGACGAAAGUCGUGGAACCCAGCGGAAACACUUUCGAAAGUUUCGACAUGAUGAACUUCAAUACCACCGAAGGUCCUUUUGCACUAGUCAACCUCAAGCCCAACACCGAAUACAUAACGAAAAUCCUGGCCAGGAACCGGGCCGGUUACAGCGAAUACACCGAACCGAUCGUGGUCCGGACGUCGCCGGAAAUCGUCAACAGCGGCGGAGUGCCGGCCCUCUCCGACGGGUUCCUCUUCCGACAGCUCCUGACCGUCGUCGCCGGCGCCUUGUUCUCGGCUAGCCUGUAAAUGCCGCCGAUCGAUACAAACAGUCGCAUAAUAUUUUAGAUCUAUAUAUUAUUACUAUACGUACAGCCUUCAUAGAGAUCUAUUCAAAGCUUCUAUGUAUAUAGGACAAGAGCCAUCACGAUAAUAUAAUAGAUCUGUCUUAUCUUUCUAUAAUAUUAUACAUAACACUACAAGUUAUAAUAUGCAGCCACCACCGCUCCGGUGUAAUAUUAUACGGUCAUCCGCUCGUCGUUAUAGUUUUAUCGGGGCGCACGAUUCCCCGGCCGCUUGUUUUAUUUUUAUCGUAUUUUUUAUAGUAAUAUUAUAAUAUAAUACAUGUUGCUUGAUGUCGUCAUUGUGACAUCAACGAUAUUAUAACAAUAUAUUAUUAUUAUUAUUAUAUACUAUCCUAGUCGUCCUUUUACUCUAUAUUAAUACAAAAUAUUAUAUCUGAAUCGAAUCCGUGUGAACAAAUAAAAUAGUGAUAACAUUCUAUAUACGCGAUGAUGGCGUUCCAAUAACAUUGACACACUUUUCAAGGUACUAUACGUCAUAUUCACACACACACACACACACACACACACACCGAAAACCAAAACUCACGUUCGACGUGUAUAUCUCUUUCAAAUGAUACGUGAACAGACACACAGACAAAACAGACACUAUAUAGACGUGCAAGAUUUGGCUUUUGUCGCAGUUACCCAUUUGUCGGCGACGGCUGUGGGUAAUAUUCGCGUGUUCGGUGGAGAGUGCGAGUAAAAUAAUAUGUCCACCGCCGCCGCCGCAGUGCGCAAAACUGUGUGUUUAUAUAUUUUAUUUUAUAUACGACACACACGCCCGUCAUUCCGAAAUAGUAAUAAUAAUAUUGCCGUUAUUAUUGUUGCGUCGACAUAUUAUUAUUAUUUGUUUUUUCGCCGACGAUACAGUCUCCGCUUUUGUCGCCGCCGUUAAGAUACUUCGUCCUAUCAACGACGCCUAUAUUGUGAAGAAUAAAAAAAAUUAAUAUACAAUUAUUUACGCGCUUAAGGUUUUUUUCUCCUCCGUAAUGCCUAUUACGACGUAAUGACAUUACGUAACUGUAAAUAUCGAAAUACCAUAAUACUAUAUUCUAUAUAUUUUACGUGUACUCUAGUGACGAUAAUCCCAAUAAUAUUAUAUUAUAUAGAUAGGUAUUGUUAGGAUUAUAAUAAUAUGUAUUAUACUAAUUACUAAUACAUGCGCGCAUGCUGUUCGAUUAUGGUACAUAUUAUUAUUGUUUAAGUAUGGUUACUAAAAACAACUCCGAUCCGAUGAACUUAGUGGUACCUAUAUCAAAAAUAUAAUAUUGUCGACGCCGCGUAGUAUAAUAUUCGUGCGUAUUGUAUGCGAAUGAUGUAAAACGUAUCAAAUAUUAUAAUAUGACAUUGAUUAUUAUUAUUGUAAAAUACGUAUGUUAAUAUUACCAUUACUUUAUAUUAUAUUAUUAUUAUUAUUAUUAUUAUUAUUAUUAUCAUUACAAUUAUAACUUUUAUUGCCUAUUUUUAUUUUGAACUUGCGACGCCAGGAUAGGAACUCCCACCCCUCCUGCAACGAAAAACGAUUACUGCAUACUAACCUGUAACAUAUAAUAAUAGGUACUCAUAUUAUUAUAUAUUAUACAUUAUACAUGCGAUAAAAAUGAAAAAGAAAAACGCUUGACAUGAAAAUAUAUUGGCUUAUGCAAUUUCGUAUAAACCCGUGUGUAUAUAUAUAUAUAUAUAUGACACGCCGCGCCGGCGCAUGAUUUAUUCGGUUUCUAUACAUUUUAUUUUUUCCCUCGGUUUUUAUCAUUUUAAUAAUAAAGUGUACACUCUGUGACACACCGUGUGGCCGCCACCACCGCCGCCGCCUUAACAAUAAAACGGUUUUUACGACCAGAAUCUGACGUCGAGAACAACAUAAUAUACUUUGAAUAUUUAUUAGGUACGUCCUCCCCUCCCCACUUUCCGUUUCUCCACGCAUUGGUAGAUAUAUUAUUAUUAUAUCCGCGCCACUACGAUGUCCUUGCGCCUCGACAGACACCCCGCUCCAGAUUUUCGUCUGACCGAGUCGAGCCAAAGUACACGUCGUCAGUCGUCGGUGGAGGGUCGAGGGGGUGAAGUAUUUUGACGUACCUUUAUUGUAUACCACAUAUAUAUACAAACUCGAUCGCUUGGUGGGAGGGGGCUAAAGACCUUUACAUAUUAUAUGACUGCGGGACGACGUUUCAGAUCCCGAGUGGAACUUGUAUUUUUCUCUUUUUAUUUUUUAUCUUGACAUCGUCUUCCCUCAGCCGUAAUAAUAUAUUAUACCUAGACUGUUUGUCCUUAAAACGCCGAAUUCCUCACGGUAAAUAAACAUCGGUUAACAUAAAAUAUCAUACAUUUUAUCCAUAUAUACAGCAACAUAUUUGGUAUAGAACAUUAGAUAAUAAUAUUUAUCAUGCACCCGCGGAUCCUAAUCUCUUCUGAACGAUAUCGCUUUUUAUUUUCCUACCUCCACAGUGAGACGCUCUGUAUCGUGUAUUUUGAUCACAUUCGAUCUUGAUUAUUGUUUCUAACAUUUUUCCGUUAUAAAACAAAACAUGUCCAUUGAAAUGAGCUUGCAGUGUUUUCAUUGUGAACUUACUACCUAUGUUAGUACCUAUAUCUAGAACAUAUAUAAUUUUCUGAAUCCAAAAUUUUCCAUCAGUAAAAAUUAUUUUUUUUUUUAUUGUCCUUAAGGGCUACGGUGUCUGCUUAAAAUUAAUAACUCACCCCCUCCCUCAACAAAAAAAAGCCGACGAAUAUCUGUGGGUGGAUCUGGGAGUUAAUAUUAAAUUGAUUUGUACCAACUUGUUACAUUGUGCUUCGCCACUGUAUGUG